GGUCAGCCUGGGAGAAACGGGUUGAUGGGCGGGGUCAGGCCCGGCUCGAGCCCCUUAGGGCUGAGUCUGGCUCGCGGUUGACAUGGGCGGAGAUCUUGUGGCCCCGCCCAGGCCCCGCCCCUGCCGUGGUCGCCCUCCCCCGCCGGGCUGCGCUCUCACAGCCGGUUCCUCUUUACAUAACGGCGCGGGGCGGAAUGGGCUCGGGCCACCGCCUCCGCCCGGCGGCCCGCCCGGACUAUCGCGGCCCGCGGUGGCGACGGCGGCAGCAGCAGCAAAGUUUCCCCGGCGGCGGCCCGGGGGCUCAUCCCCCCACAGCUGUCAAGCUCUGGCGGCGGAAAUGAUGAGACGCUGGCCAUUUUCCGAGCCCGGGUUUCCUGCCUGAGCCCCGCUUGAGCGAGCCGAGAGCCAGGAGCCGGCGCUCAGAGGGAACGAGCCCGGGGCGGGGGCCCGCCCGCCCCCUCGGGAUUUCGUGGGGCCAGGGUCGCGCGACGCCAUGGGCCAGCCGGGCCCGGACCCCCUCUCUCUCAGCCCGGCCGCGCCACCCCGAUCUCCGCCAUGAACGGGCCCGCCCUGCAGCCCUCCGCGGCCUCCUCCACGCCCUCCGCCUCCUCAUCCACCAGCGUGGCCUCGGCCCCCGCCCCACGGGGCUGGAGCGAGUUCUGCGAGCUGCACGCGGUGGCCACGGCGCGAGAGCUGGCCCGUCAGUACUGGCUCUUCGUGCGCGAGCACCCGCAGCACGCGCCGCUGCGCGCCGAGCUCGUGUCGCUGCAGUUCACUGACCUCUUCCAGCUCUACUUCUGCCGCGAGGUGCGCCAGGGCCGCGCGCCCGGGCCGCCGGCUCGAGACUACCGGGAGGCGGGCCGCGGGCCCCCGGCCAAGGCCGAGGCCCCCCGAGCCGAGGCGGACCCGGGCCCCGCCGCCCCUGCCCUGCCCAAGGCCCGCAGCUCGGAGGAGCUGGCCCCGCCGCGGCCAUCUGCGCCCUGUGCCCUCCAGCACCUGCGCCACAGCCUCCGCCACAUCAUCCGCCGCCGCUCGGCCGGGGAGGUGCCGGCGGCUGGAGCCGCGGGGGAGGCCCGGCCCAAACCCGGCCUGGCCAGGAAGUUCCUGCCCUGGAGCCUGGCCCGAGAACCGCCGCCGGAGGCCCUCAAGGAGGCGACCCUGCGCUACAGCCUGGCCGACGAGGCCUCCAUGGACAGCGGGCCGCGUUGGCAGCGCGGGCGGCUGGCCCUGCGGCGCGCCGGAGGCCCGGAGGGCGGCGCGGACCGAGUGCUGGAGCUCUUCGACCCGCCCAAGAGUUCAAAGCCCAAGCUACAAGCAGCCUGCUCCAGUGUCCAGGAGGUCCGGCGAUGCACACGCCUGGAGAUGCCCGACAACCUCUACACCUUCGUGCUGAAGGUGAAGGACCGGACAGACAUCAUCUUUGAGGUGGGAGAUGAGCAGCAGCUGAAUUCAUGGAUGGCUGAGCUCCGGGAGUGUACAGGCCAAGGCAGGCUGGAGAGCGUGGACCCGCACAUUCCCUCAGCUCCCGAGCCCGGCACGUCCAGCUCAUCAAGGGGCAGCACAGAGUCCCUGAACCAAGCAGGGGCUUCUCCUGGGGGGUUGCUGGACCCAGCCUGCCAGAAAACAGAUCACUUCCUGUCCUGCUACCCCUGGUUCCAUGGCCCCAUCUCCCGAGUGAAGGCAGCUCAGCUGGUUCAGCUGCAGGGCCCUGACGCUCACGGAGUGUUCCUGGUACGGCAGAGUGAGACGCGGCGCGGGGAGUAUGUGCUCACAUUCAACUUCCAGGGCAUAGCCAAGCACCUACGCCUGUCGCUGACUGAGCGGGGCCAGUGCCGAGUGCAGCACCUGCACUUCCCCUCGGUCAUGGACAUGCUCCACCACUUCCAGCGCUCACCCAUCCCACUCGAGUGUGGAGCUGCCUGCGAUGUCCGGCUGUCCAGCUACGUGGUCGUCGUCUCCCAGCCGCCAGGUUCCUCCAACACUGUCCUGUUCCCUUUCUCCCUCUCUCGCUGGGACUCAGAGCUGGGCCUCCCCCACCUCAGCUCCACCGGCUGUCCACGCGGGCCUGGCCCGGAGGGCCUCCCAGGCCGGUCCUCUCCCCCAGAGCAGAUCUUCCACCUGGUGCCUUCACCUGAAGAGCUGGCCCACAGCCUGCGGCACCUGGAGCCGGAGCCCACCAGCCACGCCCGGGACUCAGACUAUGACAGGGACUCCUCCUCCCGGAGCCACCUGCGGGCCAUCGACAACCAGUACACACCUCUCUGACAGGCCCCACGGACGCGCUGGGGGAGCAAGCACAGUGAGCAGAGACAGGACUUGUGAAUGUAACUGCCUUUCCUUCCUUUCAGAGAGAGUUAAGGAACCCUGUUACCUGUU